AUGGAACCUGUCAACAAACCCGGAAAACGGAGACGUGAGACAUGUAAAAACUGGAAACUUUCCCACAGAGAUCCCCCAGACGGGCAGAUGUUCCCUGCUGUCGCUGCUGGGAGCCCGGAUGCGUUGGAUGUCAAUGUCAGUGACAGACAGGGUCUGUCAGCGCUCCAUAUGGCCUGCCUUUACGGCCAGCUGGCUACGGUUCAGCUCCUGGUGGAGUCCAAGUUGGGGUGGCUCAACAGCAGUGAUCCUCAGGGUCGCCGGCCCGUUCACAUGGUCAUGUCCUCCCGAAGCUCGCCCAAAACCUCCGCCUGUCUCCGAUAUCUGCUGGAGAAUGGAGCCGACGUCAAUGCUACCACAGACUCAGGGCAGACUCCGCUGCACCUGGCUGCCUCUGAAGGCCUCCUUGCCUGCACAGAGAUCCUCGUGCAGGCCGGUGCAAACGUGUUGGCCCAGGACGGCAUGGGAAACACACCUCUGGACUUGGCCCGCAUCUGGUGCCACAGAAAGGUGGCAAGGUAUCUGAAAAGCUCCAUGUGGAAGACAGAAAAGAAGAAAGAAAUGGAGGAGAGGAAGCUAGUUCAAACUUUAUACAGUGAUCUUGUGGACACGGCCAAACUGAAUAAUCUCAACAACAGGACACUUAUAGAUGUGAAGAUGACAGAGUGGGCAAACAAGAAAGGUUUUCCCCACUUGAAGGAUUUCUCCCCCAGAGUCUUGGUGAGCCACUAUCACACCCGUUGCCUGUCAUCAGAUCAGGACAGCUGUAAUCUAAAACAUGCCAAGGGCCUGAGUAAGCACCUGCCAAGAGGGCCCCAGGAGGAUCAGACGAUCACCCCCUCAAAGCCACCUCUGGUCUCAGCCUCCAGGCCCUGGACCAUCUACAUGGGCACCCAGCCAGAGAAACUCCCCGCAGAGCCUGACCUCCGGGACAGUGUCACAGUGUGGAGACACACCAGCAGCAGGCAGCCUCAGUACACCACCAAGUGGGACAGCACACCUCGUGCCGCCCCCGACCUGCCUCUGGAUGUCCUUGAGAGGGCGUUGUUCCCCAGAGCCUUCCCUUCCAGGAUCGUUUCCCCUCGACACUUCGAGCCACAGAACAUUUUGGAGGUCCAGCACAGAAGAUGCCCCCAGGGGCGGAGCACCUCCCCCUGGACAGAGGUGGCCAUGCACUUGGCUGAGGUGCUGGAGCCUGGACACUUCUGA